GCUCCAUUGCUAAAUGCUUCUUCUCAGUCUUCGAGCUCAACUCCAGCAGCAGAUUCGGAACUCGCGAAAUCAGCAAUGGCCACCUCCAAAGCAGACACUGCCUCCCUCUUCGCCGCAGCUGAGACGCGACUCUCCUGCUACACCCUCACCAAAUCCUCUCCGAUCCCCGAUUCGCGCAUCGAAGAGAUCGUAUCAUUCGCAGUCAAGCACGCUCCUUCAUCGUUCAAUGUGCAAUCCGCGCGAGCCGUCAUCCUACUGAAAUCCUCCCACGACAAACUCUGGUCCAUUGCGGACAGCGUCGCCAAAUCCACACAUCCCGAAGCGCACGAGAAGAUGCUGGGGAAGAUGAUUGGAGGUUUUGCAGGCGCCUAUGGCACUGUUCUGUGGCUCGAGGAUCAAGAAGCGCUUGAUGCUCUCGCAGCGAAGAAUCCCCUGUUCGGCAAUCUAGUACCACAAUGGGGAGAUCAUAGCUCUGGUAUGCAUCAGUUCAUUGCCUGGACGGCUUUGGAGCUUGAGGGACUGGGUUGUAACUUGCAGCAUUUCAACUUCAUGGACGAGUUUGAGGAUGCUGUGAAGAAGGAAUGGGAGCUGCCCAGUACAUGGAAGCUGAAGUCUCAGUUGGUGUUUGGGGCACCAGAGAAUGGGCAGCUCGUGAGGAGGAAAGAGAGGACGUAUGCACCGCUUGAGGAUAGGGUCAAAGUCUUUGGGGCAUAGUGUGUCAUGAUUCCGCGCAAGAGUCUGAUAUCUACGUUCCUUGCCGGGUUCAAGAGCCUAUUCCGCAAGCCUCCUUCCAACAGAUAUCGUAACCUCCACAUACC